UUUUGUCCCUCUUUUUAGAUAUUUUUUUUAUUUUUUAGUUUUCAAAAUUUUUUUUAAUUUAAUGGCAACACCUUUAUUUAUUUUUUACCGUUCACCAUUAUGUCGGUUUUAUGCUCUACCAAUUUUUCACCGCAAUUUUCACACAGGAGAUCUACCUUUUAAAAUACCUGCUCCAAUAAAGCGUUCUUCAACCGAUAUUCUUCAAGCAAUGGCUGAUACAGUCAAAACGGAUGAAACUGCCCCUCAUUUUGCUUAUAUAGAUGAUACGGCGACUAUACCAACAACCACUUUACAAAGGAAGAAUUAUUUACUUGCUAAGGAAUUUGGUCGUCGUACAGCUCUUCGUUUGGUCGAGGAAUGGCCAACACUUUUUAUGUUAGACAGAGACCAACCUAGAUUAGCUGUAUUUCGCCCUCAAAAACCUUUAAAUCCUGAGCUUGUUGAACCAACUGAACAAAAUUUAUUACAUAUGAUUACUACAAGACAAGUUGUGGAUGCCGUAAAAUUGUAUGAACGAAUGGGGGAAAAUGCAAAAAAUAUGGAAAGUAGUACAAAGGUUUGUUUUUUAUGUUUUCUUGUUAGACAGGCACGGGCUGGGUAA